UACUGAUCAGAACAACGUUUCGCUCGCUCAUUCGCUUCGGUCUCCGUCCGAAAUUCUGUGUUACCAACAAACCGAGAGACCCCCAAGAAUUGAUUCGGAGUUUGGAAUACACAGUUAACUCAAUUGUGUAUUCAAUAUUCAUCUCUCUCCCCCCACCCACCCCCACAAAUUUAUAGAGAAAGAGGUAAGCGCAACAAAGAGCCACAACGCAAACACAUUCAAGCAUUGCAUAGUGCAUUUGCUUAGCUAGCUGCUUCGCUCUCUGCUUUUGCUUUUAGCCAUACUUAAUCUAUUUAUUAUUUACCUACUUAAAUAUACAGCCCCGUCUCGCAGUACCUCGUUGAACACUUUCGAGGGAAAAAGGGUCCUUUCUGUUCAGUCUCUGCAAUUUCUGAUAUUUUCCUGCUUUUGCGUCUCCUCGCCGCUCUGGAGUUGCGGUACUUCCCUUCUCUGUGCAAAUUAGUGGCGCAUUAAAACGGUGGCUUUUAUUGUGAAGCUCUGUGCAUCAUGAAUGGUAAAUUCUGAAGCAUCACUGCUGCUGCUCCAACUGUGUCAGAGCACUUAACUAACUCAAACAAGAGGAAGGUAAAAGAAUGCAUUAUUGAAAGCAAAGGCCAUUUUGUUUUGGGAGACAGAUCUGCGGUUUCCUUCUUCAACCUUUAGGAGAAAGAGACAUUUCGACCGAGGAGAUUUGGAUCCUGCCUUUCGCGUAUUUCGGAGACAAUGGUGCCUCAGAAGCAGGCAGAGGAAGCCAUAGUCACCAACCUCACCGAAACAGAGAAUGAUGGAGGCACAGUGAGGGAAGAAGAGAAGGAACAAGAUAACUCCAUGUUCACCCUCAAGAGCUUUCUCUGGCAUGGCGGCUCCGUCUGGGACGCCUGGUUCAGCUGUGCUUCAAAUCAGGUAGCUCAAGUUCUCUUGACGCUUCCCUAUUCCUUCUCCCAACUGGGGAUGCUUUCGGGUAUAUUGCUGCAAGUAUUUUACGGCCUAAUCGGAAGCUGGACCGCUUAUCUAAUCAGUGUCCUCUAUGUGGAAUACCGUACCAGAAAGGAAAAGGAAAACGUUAGCUUCAAAAACCAUGUCAUCCAGUGGUUCGAAGUGCUUGAUGGAUUGCUGGGUCCGUAUUGGAAAGCAGUGGGGCUGGCCUUCAACUGUACUUUCCUCCUCUUCGGAUCCGUGAUUCAGCUCAUAGCUUGUGCAAGUAACAUCUACUACAUAAACGACAAAUUGGACAAACGAACUUGGACAUACAUAUUUGGAGCUUGCUGUGCAACCACUGUGUUCAUACCAUCGUUUCACAACUAUCGAAUCUGGUCAUUUCUGGGUCUGGGAAUGACCACUUACACGGCUUGGUAUCUAACAAUAGCAGCGCUUGUUCACGGCCAGGCAGAGGGGGUGACUCACUCGGGUCCAACGAAGCUGGUGCUGUACUUCACCGGAGCAACUAAUAUACUAUACACGUUUGGUGGGCACGCCGUUACUGUGGAGAUAAUGCACGCCAUGUGGAAGCCACAGAAGUUCAAGUACAUCUACUUGCUGGCCACUCUCUACGUCUUCACUCUCACUCUUCCGUCCGCCUCCGCCGUCUACUGGGCCUUCGGCGAUCAGCUCCUCACCCACUCCAACGCUUUCUCUCUCCUCCCCAAGUCCCGCUUCCGUGACGCCGCCGUCAUCCUCAUGCUCAUCCACCAGUUCAUAACAUUCGGGUUCGCGUGCACGCCACUGUACUUCGUGUGGGAGAAGGUGAUAGGGAUGCAUGACACCAGAAGCAUAUGCCUCAGAGCACUGGCCAGGCUGCCCAUCGUCAUCCCCAUCUGGUUCUUGGCCAUCAUCUUCCCCUUCUUCGGCCCCAUUAACUCUGCCGUCGGCGCCCUCCUCGUCAGCUUCACCGUCUACAUCAUCCCUUCCCUCGCUCACAUGCUCACCUACAGAAAAGCCUCCGCCCGACAGAACGCAGCAGAGAAGCCUCCCUUCUUCAUGCCGAGCUGGACCGCAAUGUAUGUCUUCAAUGCCUUCGUUGUGGUUUGGGUCUUCGUGGUUGGAUUUGGGUUCGGAGGAUGGGCCAGCAUGACCAAUUUCAUCAAGCAAAUUGACACGUUCGGGCUCUUUGCCAAGUGCUACCAGUGCCAGCCGUCAGGGCUGCCGCCGCCCAAGGCGGCACCGCCCCCCCACGCACGUCAUCUCUGAACGGAGGUGCUGGUUGGCCCGUCUCAACAUAUGGAAGUUGUACCCUUGAAAACUGCCGUCUUACAGUUACCAUAUUUUGUAUCAUACAUGGGGAAUAGUAGUGAUACUUCCCCUUUUUCAUUUCACGUGUGUUGCGCUUUUUUUCCCUCCCGGGUUAUAUUCAAUCCUUUUUUUUUUUUAUUACUAUAUAGUAAUUUUUUAACUUGUUAGUUGAUGAUGAAAAGAAAUAGUGUGUCUAGUGGUUGUGAUUUUCUUUGCUAUAUAAAUGCAUGGGUUAAUGCAUUCGAAAGAAAAACACUUAUAAAUGAUGUAGUAUUUUCUUUUCUCUUUCA